CUUAAUUGAAGACUAUCCUCAUCAAGACGGUUACGAGAACAAUCAAUAUCUUAAUAUAAUGGUGAGAGCCAUUUUAAUUGAUAAAGAAUUCGUGAAUUUAUAUCAUGAAAUAUGCGAUAACUUUAAUGAUCUCAUAAUUCAAG